AGUAUCAGACUCUGGCUCAGAGUGGUCACCAUGGCCAACAUGGCUGCGCCGUGCCGCCUCCGUUUUUCCACUGUGCCUUUGCCCACACGGAGCCCAGCCCCGUGGUCUUUGGGUGUCAAGGGCCGAACAUCCAUCGAUGCAACCUCUUUACGUGGAGGCGCCAGUCGCGGGGUCGGAGCAGCCGCAUGCGCAGCAAUGCUGGCUGCCUGCUUGCCACGCACCGCUGCAGCGCAGCGUUGCGCAGCGCGAACCAGUUACACGAGAUGUGCAGCUGGUGAUGCUCCCACUCUUCAUGUGGGACUCGUUGGCUAUGGCCUAGUGGGCCAGGAGCUGAUGAAACAGAUGGUGGCAGCCGCACCAAAAUUGGAGGAGCAGAUUGGGGUCAAGCUGGAGAUUGCCGCCAUCUCGAAGUCCAAGGUGAUGGCUUUGCUCCCUCCGGGCAGCGAUGGCUGGGACGAGAGCAAGGAGGAGCCGGCUGAUUUGGAGAAGCUUGGUAAAUACGUUGUGGAUGCGGCAGCCUCGAGUGGCGGCCGUGCGAUCAUUGUCGACAAUACUGCAUCAGAUGGACCAGCAGAAGUUUACGAGGCAUGGCUGCUUGCCGGUGCCGACGUCGCCACUCCGAACAAGCGCGCCGGCAGCGGGCCAUUUCCCCGCUACGAGAAGAUCAUGGCUGCCUCGCAGAAGACCGGCGCCCGCUUUCUUUACGAAGCAACAGUCGGCGCUGGGCUGCCGGUGCUCGGGCCGCUCCAAGCGCUCCUCCGUGCAGGAGACGAAGUAGAAAGCGUGGAGGGAAUCUUCAGCGGGACGCUGUCGUACAUCUUCAACACCUGGAAGCCAGGUGUCAAGUUCUCUGAUGUAGUGAAGGAAGCCAAAGAAAAGGGCUUCACAGAGCCUGAUCCUCGAGAUGACUUGGGCGGCACUGAUGUGCAGCGGAAGGUGACAAUCCUGGCGCGGGAGAUUGGGCUGACCAUCGAGCUUGACGAUGUGCCAGUCAAGUCGCUGGUGCCAGACAAGCUGCAGUCGUGGGAGCCUCCGAGCGGCAAGAAACUCGGCGACGCGUUUGUGGAGGCUGUGUCAAUGCUUGCCUCGCCUCACUUUGGCCAGGAGCUGACAGCGUACGAUGAUGAGAUGGAUGCCUUGCUGCAAGAGGCGGAGGCGGCCAACGAAGUGCUGCGCUUCGUGGGCGCCGUUGACGUGAAAGCGGGCAAGGCAUCUGUGAAGCUCGGGCGAUACCCCAAGGAUCAUCCUUUUGCGUCCACCCAGUUUGCGGACAACAUUUGCGCGGUCUCCUCCAAGUGGUAUACGCCUCGGCCAUUGGUUGUGCAAGGACCUGGCGCGGGAGCUGCUGUUACCGCUGCGGGAGUCUUCAGCAACGUCAUGGAGGUUAUGAACGGCAUGCGCUGACCAAGGCUGCCGGCC